CUCUGACUUCUGCACCGCGCCUCGCCUUCUCCGCGUUGCACGAACUCGCACCUGCAAUACUGCAUGCUGAUGCCUUCCGGCCGGGACGAGUAUGCCAGAUCCCCCGUUUCAUUCUCGGGCCACGCGUUCUACGGCCGUCGGUCCUUCGCGGUGAUGCAUUCACUGAGGCAUCAUUCGGCAGCCAAGAAGCCACGCCUCGCGUUUCUCGUAUGGCGCUUUUGCACCGCAACGGUCACGCCUUGUGGCUGCAGCCGCUCUUUCAACUUCAGCUGCGACGUCUCCCCACCGCUGCAACUUCCACGUCAUGCUCAAAUAAAAAAGUCGAAGGGAGUGUUGCCUAAACGUAUAUGCCGAUCGGCAUACGCAAGACGGCGAUAUCUGAUGCUACCAUACUGUUGUUGAGUAUAUAGCCGUCUCCGCGUUUCCUUUAUCUUCCUCCUUUCGACUCUACCGAGGUUGCAAGGGAUCGGGUCUAGUCACCUGACUACAUCUACAACACCAUGGGAAAGCGAUCUUCAAAGAAGAAGGCGAAGGAGAGCAUCGAGAACAACGCUGCCAAUUCUGAGAAGAAGGCGGAAGACUCACAACAGAUACCGGCUAUCUCUCCAGCAAGCGCCUAUCUCAAGCUGUGGUCUUUCGCAACUCGCUGGGAUGUGUUCCUUCGCAUUUUGGCCAGCCUGUCCGCCGCCGGCGCUGGAACCGCUGAGCCCGUCAUGGCCAUCGUCUUCGGCAACCUUGUCAACGUUUUCAAUGGGAACCCACCAGUGACACCAGAGAAGUUCAGGUCAGAGAUGAACCAAUACGGUCUAUAUUUCGUUUACCUGUUCCUCGGCAAGUCUGCCUGCGUGUAUAUCGCCGGUGUCCUCUUCAACUAUACGGCUUCGAGAAUGACCAGGAAAAUCCGAUUACAAUAUCUCCGCAAGGUUCUCCACCAACCUGUCUCAUAUUUCGACACGAAUGCUCCAGGUACCAUCGCUUCUAGUCUCGCAAACGACACGAAUGUCGUCCAGGUGGCGCUCGCGGAGAAGGUCGGCAUCGUCUUCCAGGCAUUUUCCAUGAUGAUGUGUGCUUUCAUCAUCGCCUUUACAAGGAACUGGAAGCUCACCCUCGUCACAAUAGUCAUAGUCCCCUACAUGAUAGUCAUGACUGCCGUCUUCGGCGGUAUGAGCGCCAAGAUCGAAGCUAAGGUAAACCAAAUGGUCGGGCAAGCUGAUGGAGUCGCCGAAGAAGCGCUAAGUAGUAUACUCAAUGUUACCGCUAUGGGAGCUGCUGAGAAGCUUGUUCGCCGUUUCGACGUCCAUAUCAAAAGGGCAAUGCAGCUAUCUAAGCGCAUUGGUCCGCUGAACGCGGCCAUCUAUGGAGACAUGUUCCUCUCUACCUAUAGCGGCUACGCUCUAGCACUUUUCUACGGGGUCAAACUUGUGAACCGAGGCCAGAUCAGCGGCGGCGCUGUUACGACCGUCCUAUUCUGCAUCGUCCUCGCGAGCGGUUCCAUGGGAUUCAUCGCUCCCGUCAUACCCGAUUUCACCAAAGCCACCGCUGCGUCAAAGCAAAUUAUCAAAAGGAUCGGGGAUCCGAAAAACAAGGUCGCAUCGGAAGCUACGCGCUCUGGUCAAGAGAUUCGCCAUCUCCGGGGCGAGCUGGAGGUGAAGGAUGUAUCAUUUUCUUAUCCUGAAAGGCCUACGGUUACCGUUCUCAACAGGCUGAGCCUGCAUAUUCCCGCAAAUAAAGUAACUGCAAUUGUGGGGAGCAGUGGAAGCGGGAAAAGCACCAUUGUUGGCCUCCUGGAAAAAUGGUAUACUGUCCACGAGGGCACGAUUCUGGUAGACGCGCAGAAUAUCAACGAGCUUGAUCUCACAUGGUGGAGAAUGCAGGUUGGUCUCGUUCAACAGGAGCCGAUGCUCUUCAACGAUACUAUUUAUCGCAACGUACUCAACGGCCUGCGCGGACCCGAGUACGAGCAGCUAUCGGAAGAGAAGAAGCGGGAGAUUGUGAUUGAUGCCUGCAAACAGGCCAAUGCUCACGAUUUCAUCGAACAGCUGCCUCAGGGCUAUGACACCCCUGCGGGAGAGCGAGCCGGAAUGCUUAGCGGUGGCCAAAAGCAACGAAUCGCUAUUGCGCGCAGCAUCGUCUCGAACCCGAAGAUCCUUCUCCUUGAUGAAGCAACUUCUGCGCUGGAUUCAGAAUCAGAAAGAGCGGUCUCGGCGGCGUUGGAGAAAGCUUCCCGAGGCCGGACGACCGUCAUGAUCGCUCAUAAGCUUUCAACAGUCGUGAACGCCGAUAAUAUCGUCGUCCUGGAGAAGGGCGUCAUAGUCGAGCAAGGGACGCAUGCUCAGCUUCUCGCAUUAGGAGGCCACUACUGCAACUUAUUGCUUGCACAGGGCGGCUCUAGCGGCCACUCUUCCGAAAAGGACGUCUUCGUGGAACAGACUGAGGAUGUCUCUCGGACUGUAUCGCGAAGGCUGACCCGCCGAUCGACUAAGGGUGCAAUUGCGCCUUUGGAAGAUACAAGCUCUUCUCUGGAGUCACCGGUAAUCAGCCGUAAGCGAAGGCUCUUAUGGUGCAUCUAUCAACUGUAUGCAGAGCACCCAGGACUUAUCUGGCCCAGCUUUAUCGGUCUGGUCGCUGCCAUUGCUGUCGGGGCUGCUUUUCCACUCCAAGCCGUCUUAUUCUCUCGGUUCGUCACCAUCUUCGAAGCUCAAGGGGACGAGCUAAUCCGCCGGGGCAACUUCUGGGCCCUCAUGUUCUUCAUUCUCGGAAUUUCCAGCUUUGUCUGCUAUCUUGUGCUGUUCUCCGUCAUGGGGAUCGUCGCGUCCAAGUUUGGGACAAUCUAUUGGCACUCCUAUCUCAGGUCCAUGCUCGGCCAGGAUGUUGUCUUCUUCCAGCACAAGGCGAACACUGCCGGAGGACUCACGACACUCUUACGAGGUGACGGCGACAGCAUGUACCUGCUCUUUGCGAUGAAUUCGGGACUACUUAUCUCGAUGAUAGUGACCCUUGUCGCAUGCUGCAUCCUAUCCAUUGCGGUAGGCUGGAAGCUCGGCCUCGUUUCCGUCUUUGGAUGUAUUCCGGUCUUGCUGGGUUCCGGUUUCGCGCGGAUGAGGCUUGAUCUGGGAGCUCAGGACCGAUGCGCUGCUGCAUUCCUCGAGAGCGCUAGGUACAGCACUGAGGCGAUUUCCGCGAUCAGGACAGUGUCGAGCCUGACCAUGGAGGGAAAGGUGGAGAACAUGUAUCAUGAGAAGCUGGAGAGCGCUUCUGCUAGAACGCUUCGGAGGAUGCUGGUAGAGAUGGCGUUUUACACCUCGGGAGAUACUCUCGGGCUUGCUGUAUGUGGUCUAGUAUUCUGGUACGGCGGACGGCUUGUGUCGUUUGGCGAAAUGUCGUCUGCGCAGUACUUUCUCAUCUUCGCGGCAAUCCUUUUCGGAGGACAGUCGUCAGGAUUUAUAUUUGGCUUCACGACUAGCAUCAACAAGUCACACGCAGCUCUAAAUCGCAUAUUGUAUCUGACGCACACCAAACCCACCAUCAACUCGUCAACCGGGCUCGAUCCUGCACAGGCCCAGAUAACGGCAGAUGUUCCAACAAUAGAGUUCCGUGACGUCCACUUCCGGUACCCGUCACGGCCCACAGUCCCCGUUCUUCGGGGUAUAUCUCUAUCCGUCUCACGCGGCUCGCAUGUCUGCGUCGUGGGACCAAGCGGGUGCGGUAAAUCGACUCUUGUCGCUCUCCUUGAACGCUUCUACGACCUGCAAACCCAAACCGAGGACCAAAAUGCCUACGAUUCGGGCGAGAUAUACCUAUACGGCCGUUCAAUCACCGAAUGGGAUAUUAACAAACUGCGCGGGAUGAUGGGCCUCAUGGCGCAAGACACUAUCCUCUACCAAGGCACGAUCAAGGACAACAUCCUCCUCGGGAUCGACGAAAGCAAGAUCCAUCCCUCAGAGCUCCAAUCCCGCGUCGAAACUGCAUGCCGCCAAGCUAACAUUCACGAAUUCAUCGCCUCCCUCCCGCAAUCCUACGCCACCGACAUCGGUGCCCGCGGUGUGGCUCUCUCAGGUGGUCAACGCCAACGUCUCGCUCUCGCUCGAUGUCUCAUCCGCAAUCCAGACAUCCUUCUGCUCGACGAAGCCACGAGCGCGCUUGAUCCAGAGAGCGAGAAAGCUGUGCGGGAUGCGCUGGACAGAGUCAGGCUGGAAAGGGAAGGGCUGACGAUCGUAAGUGUGACGCAUCAAGUUGAGGCUAUGCGGGAUGCAGACCGAAUUUUUGUGGCUGAGAGGGGUGCUAUUGUCGAGGAGGGCAGGUGGGAUGAGUUGAUGGGGAGGAGGGGGAGGCUUUGGGGGAUGGUGAUUCAGGGGGAGGUACAGGGGCAUACGUGA